CCUCAUCGCUCUCGGAAAUCUCACCGUCACUCCAUUCCAGUUUCCGAACUGAUUCCUUCUCCUUUUCCCCUCCCACAAGUAAACCUUUUCUUCCACCGAACUUCACCCAACCCAUUUACAUAUAUUCUCAUCAAAACCUCAACUUUCGCAAAGCCACCGAUUCCGGCGACCAUGUUGCUCAGAAUUCGCAGCCGCGACGGCCUCGAACGCCUCACAGUCGACAACCCACAACACGCCACAGUCGCCCAGCUCAAAUCGCUGAUCCAAACCAACCUCCGAAUCCCCAUAGAGAACCAAACCCUCUCCACCAACCAAAACCUCCUCCUCGCCAAGACCGCCGACGACCUCACUCGCUUCGCCGACAUGUCCAAUCCCACCACUCCUCUCUCCGCGCUCAAUCUCGGCCACGGCUCGAUCGUCUUCCUCGCCUACGACGGCGAGCGCACCGUCGCCGGGCCCAAUUUUCACCCGGCCGGGUCGUUCGGCCGGAAGAUGACCAUGGACGACCUCAUCGCCAAGCAGAUGAAGGUCACGCGCCAGGAGACUCCCCACUGCGAGCUCGUCUCCUUCGACCGCGACUGCGCCAACGCGUUCCAGCGCUACGUGAACGACACGCUCGCCUUCGCGGUGAAGCGCGGCGGGCUCAUGUACGGCACGGUGUCGGAGGAGGGGAAGGUGGAGGUGGACUUCAUCUACGAGCCGCCGCAGAACGGGACGGAGGAGGUGCUGACGAUUUUCCGGGACCCGGAGGAGGAGAAGGCGGUGGAGGCGAUUGCGCUGGGCCUGGGGAUGAGGCGGGUCGGGUUUAUAUUCACACAGUCGGUGGGGCAGGACAAGAAGGACUAUACGUUGUCGAACAGGGAGGUGCUGCAGGCGGCGGAGCUUCAUGCCGAGAGUGGGCUGAAAGAGUGGGUGACUGCAAUGGUGAAGCUGGAAGUGAAUGAGGAUGGUGAGGCGGCUGUGCAUUUCGAAGCUUUUCAGAUGAGUGAUAUGUGUGUUAGGUUGUUUAAGGAGGGGUGGUUCGAGACGGAGAUUGGGGAGGAUCAAGAUCCCAAGCUGUCGAAGAUGAAGAAGGAUGUUGUUGUUGGAGUGAAGGAUACUAGAGAGGUGGACAAUGAUUUUUUCUUGGUCGUCGUGGGGAUCUCCGAUCACCAGGGUCCUCUUUCAUCCACCUUUCCCAUUGAGAAUCGUAUCACUGCUGUGACAGCGAGAGAUCUGAAAACCCAUCUGGAUCGUGCUAAGAAUCUUCCAUAUGUGAAGCGUAUUGCAGAUUUUCACUUGAUGCUUUUACUUCGAGGGUUUUUAGAUGCUAACGCUGAUCUUCCUGCUUUGGCCCAGUGCGUCCUUACACAGUCAGCCAUACCUGAAGGCUACCAGGUAUUAAUCGAUUCGAUGGCCAAUGCUGCUUGAUGCUGCUUUGGGCACCCCUUAAGGGAAUCCAUACAUUCUAUGGUCUAAGCGAUUCUGGCCUACCAAUGAUCCUUUUCAGUAAUUAGCUGCGAUGCAGCAAUCCAUGUUGCUUUCUGGGGCCAUGUAUCACUCAAAAGGUGGCUUUGCCCCUAUGUAGGUUUAAGUCUUUGCACAGGAGAGCUUUCGUAAGUUAUGUACCCUUAACAUUCAUGUGCUAUAUUGCAUCAAAUGGCCUGGAUAUUUAUGCCUUUUUCCUCCA